AUUCCUUGUUCCCGCUAUUUCGAGCUAACCAUGGGCUGAUUGGAGCGCAAGUUGCCCCGCGAUCUAGCCUGGGUCGCGGGGCCGUUGUCGGACCUUCCUCGAGCUUGCGAGCUUGUGUAUGAGCCGGGCGAUAGCGGUCCAGUGAGGCACGCUCCCUGACUCACGGCUAGACAUCGCGACAUUCAGCUUUGCCCCGCGCUGCUCCACGUUUGCUAGCUCAACCAGAUCGAGAUAGGUACCGCUCUGCUAUCUUGCGUCCUGUGCAUCACGCCCCCGCCUACCUAUAACCCAACUUUCGCCGCCCUCCUCGAUACCCCGACAUAACGCCAAGAUGGGCAGACUCGCUGGAAAGAACGCCAUCAUUACCGGUGCUGCCGGCGGCAUCGGUCUCGAGACCUCCAUCUUGUUUGCCAAGGAGGGAGCCAGCGUCCUGAUGGCCGACAUCUCCCCCGAGGCUCUUACCAAGGCACAGGCAAAGGUCAAGUCCUUGGUGCCGGGUGCCAAGGUCGAGACGGUGAAAUGCGACGUCUCCAAGGAGGCCGAGGUCAAGGCCAUGGUCGAGAGCCUAGACUCGUGGGGCGGGCUCGAUGUCAUGUUCAACAACGCCGGCAUCAUGCACGCCGACGACGCCGACGCCGUCGACACGCCCGAGGCCAUCUGGGACCUGACACAGAACAUCAACGUCAAGGGGGUCUGGUUCGGCAGCAAGCACGCCGUGCUGGCGCUGAGGCGGCACAAGAAGACGAAGGGCUCCAUCAUCAACACGGCGUCGGUCGUGGCCCUCGUCGGCGCGGCGACGCCGCAGCUGGCCUACACGGCGUCCAAGGGCGCGGUGCUGGCGCUGACGCGCGAGCUGGCCAUCGUGCACGCGCGCGAGGGCUUCCGGUUCAACAACCUGUGCCCCGCGCCGCUCAACACGCCGCUGCUGCAGGACUGGCUCGGCGACGACAAGGCCAAGCGCCAGCGCCGCGAGAUCCACUUCCCCACGGGCCGCUUCGGCGAGGCCGUCGAGCAGGCCCAGGCCGUCGUGUUCCUGGCCAGCGACGAGAGCUCCUUUGUCAACGGCCACGACUUUGUGGUGGACGGCGGCAUGACCAAGGCCUACGUCACCCCCGAGGGCCCGCCGCUGGCGGCGCCGAGCAACAAUGCGAACAAGCAGUCGCUGGAUUAGGGGGUAAGGAUGUGAUAACUGCGAGCUAGACGGCUUGAGGGCAGGUAUUACUUAUAGGUAGCUCUCUAAAAGUUUGAGGGGGUUAAUCCGUGUUGGCAGAAGGCCGAGUUUCACCCCGAACCGAGACCGUCCUUAGUCACCAGUCAUCGCGUGUAUACCAUCUCACACGUAGGCUCAAAGAUAGAGUCUUUCCUGUCUGGGAUCUCAAUUCAUCCGUGCUCGUCGAGAUCUUGCUUGAAUAAGCUAUUGGGGGGGGG